ACAGUGAAAUAGCUGAGAAGAAAUUCUAAUUUAGUUUGUGGACUUUGUUAUUUGUAAUGAGAUCAUCAUCUAAUUCCAUGUUUUUGAUUGGUCACUGUAACAGAUAUGGGACGAAGAAGAGGAGGGACUCUGAAGAUUCUGUUACUGUUGACACUCUGUCUGCAAGCCUUCACUGGUCAAUGCCAAGAUUCAGGGCAUCCCUCUGACCUGAGGAUAUUUCUGAUAGGGAAGACUGGAUCAGGGAAGAGUUCAACAGGAAACACCAUCCUUGGGAGAAAGGUGUUUAGAGAAGACCUCUCCCCUGAGUCUGUCACUGUUCACUGUGAGAAACAGAGUGGAGUGGUGGAUGGGAGGAAGAUUGAUGUCAUCGACACCCCGGGGCUCUAUGACACAACAAUGUCUAAAGAAGAGAUGAAAAGUGAAAUAGAAAAGUCCAUCUACAUGUCAGUCCCAGGACCUCACGCCUUCCUGCUGGUGAUCAGACUGGGGAGGUUCACAGAGGAGGAGAGGAACACUGUGAAGUGGAUCCAGGACAACUUUGGAGAAGAAGCCUCAAAGUACACCAUCAUUCUGUUCACCGGAGGAGACCAGCUGGAGGACAAAUCAAUGGUGGACUUUCUAAGUGAGAGUGAAGAGGUUAUGAAACUCAUCAAGGUCUUUAAGGGCAGAAAUCAUGUCUUCAAUAAUAAAGAGAAGAAUGACAACACUCAGGUCACAGAGCUGCUGAAGAAGAUAGAUGAGAUGGUGAUGAAGAAUGGAGGACAACACUACACCAAUGAGAUGUACCAGGAGGUUCAGAGGAAGAUCGAAGAGGAGGAGGAGAGGAAGAGACAGGAGAAGAAGGAGAGAGAGGAGGAGGCGAAGAAGAAACAAGAGGAGGAGAUCAGAAAACGGGAAGAGAAGGCGAGAGAGGAGGAGAGGAAGAGACAGGAGGAGGAGAAGAGAAAGGAGGAUAAGAAGAAACAUGAGGAGGAGAUCAGAAAACAGGUAGCAAAGGCGAGAGCGGAGGAGAGGAAUAGACAGCAGAGGACGAGGAAGUCGUCGUCAAAUGGCAUAUUGGGAUUGUUAGCAACUGUUGUCACAGCGGUGGUAGCAGGACCAUUAGCAAUUCCAGUUGGAGCUGCUGUAUUUGCAAAUGAAUUAGCUGAACAUUUAGACGAUUCCGAUUAAAUGAGGAGGAGGCAGUGUGAAGUACCACUCUCUUCCUCAUCUUAAUGUCAAGUAGUAGCAGUAGAAGAUAUUAAUACUGUACAAUGACAACCAUCAGGGAUCACUUUCUAAUAUGAUCAGUUAUUUACCAUGUUUAUUAUUCAGAGGCUUAGGGAUAAUAACAUACUGUAGGAUGAAAUUUAUAACUCAACAAAAACAAACAGACAGAAAAAAUCUGAAAUCAUGUUUCAUUAACUCAGAGAUAGUUAAUAAAUUACAAUGGGUAAAGACACUCUAGGUAUCGAGAUAUCUACAGUAUUGAUGUAUCUACACAUCCCUCACUGGUCUGUGUUCUCCCUCUAUCCUUCCUCCCUGGUGUCACGCCCUGGUUGAAAUAUUUGUGUUUAUUCUUCAUUAAUUCGGUCAUGCCAGGGUGUGACAUGGGUUUAUUGAGGUGUGUUUCGUCUUGGGGUUUUUGUGGGGUGUAUAGUGUAGUCUAUGGCUGCCUGAGGCGGUUCUCAAUCAGAGUCAGGUGAUUAUCGUUGUCUCUGAUUGGGAACCAUAUUUAGGUAACCAUAUUCUUUGAGGGUGUUUCGUGGGUGAUUGUUCCUGUCUCUGUGUAUUCACCAGAUAGGACUGUUUAGGUUUUCACGUUCUGUUUGUUGUUUUGUAUUGUUCGUGUUUUUUUCAUUCUUUAUUAAAGAUGCACAAAACUAACCACGCUG